CAUCCCUUGCUUACCAGGAUGAGUUUGACAGAGCACAGGACACUCCCAGGAGUGGAGUCUUUGAGGGAUGAGAUCGAGGCUGUGUACAUGAGGAACAAGCGGGGAAAGACCCAGGAGGACAUGCCGAACAUUGCUCGGGAUGGUUGGAGGAUCCGAAAACUACUUGGGUUUGUUAAGAUGAAGGUGAGGCGUGAGGAGGUGUCUGAAGACCCUGACUUCCAACAGCUUUGCCUGGCUUUGGACCCCAAUCUCCAGGAAGUUGUCGACGCAGUCAACAGAAAGAUCGAAGAGCGAAGUGCUAAGCGUAAGGCUUUGCGGGCUCAGCAGGAGGAAAGCUCGUCAAGCUCGACAAGCUCUGAAAGUGCAGAUGCACCGCAGCCACCGGAUACUCACGAGGCCGCCGCAGAGGUGCCUUCUGCAUCUGGCGUGGUGGUACCCUUAGCCAGUGACCCAAAGAAAGAGGAGACUAAGGAGGUAGCUGUUGAGAAGAAAGUUCAAAAAGGAUCAGUAGAGAAGCCAAGUCAGCCACAGGUUCAUGAAGAUGUGAUUACACCACACAGGGAUGCAGCGCCAUCGGGCAAACCGAAGACCCCAGUUGUUUCGGAAGCCACACCGUCUCCCAAGAGUUCUGGGUCUGGUACUGACUUGCAAGAGUUGCAGAAGAAGAGAGAAGAGAUCCAAGCAAAGUUGGCCGCGUUGUCUAGGCUGCGCUCCUCUGCAAACCUUGGUGCCAACCCACCCAAGGACAAACCUUUGCCAGGAGUGGGGGCCAAUGGAGGCCGAAUUUCACCCGACCAAGUUGAGACACAGGUCCAGGACGUGACUGAGCUACCAACCCCUGAGGAGCCCAAAGGUUCUUCCGUUUCUCCAAACCGUUCAGCAGAUGACAAGCGAGCAACAUACCACAACAAAGGGUAUGUGGUUCAUGCUACAACAACAACAACAAAUGACCCAGCAGAAAAGGCUUUGCAAUCUGAGGCUGUUCCCCUCCAGGAACUCAGUGAGAAGACCAAAGAGCCAGAGACCCAUGCAGAGGAAAGCACAAAGAAGAUCGAGAAGACCAAACCUCAAGAGGAACCCGAGAAGAAGACCGAGGAGACUGAACCCACUAAAGAAUCUAAAAAAGAAUCGGAAAGCAAGAAGCCAACAACCAAUCCCAAACCCCACUCCCAAAAGACACCUGCGCAAGUUCAUCCACGCCAUCAGUACUUUACAGACUCCGAGGAUGAGGAACCGCCCAAAGCUCUCACAACAAGGGUGGACCAGUUGAAGAUGAAGCAAAAGAAACAGGACUCGGGUGACGGUGAAGAGAAACCAUCGUCGACCAGAGGCCGAGGUCGUGGCCCGGGGGGUCGCGGCGGGAAAGGAAGGGGAAGAGGCAGAGGUAAGAAAAAUGAGGGAGUCGACGCAAGCCAACCUGUAAAGGCAAGAGCAAGUGGCAGCAAGACAGAUACCCACAUAGAUGAAGACAAUAAGGCAGUUGACAAAAAGCCAAAGACUAGGAAUGGCAAAGCAAAGCAAGAUGAAGGUUGGGCGGCAUGGGGGACCGAUGAUGCUUGGGCACAGGGAUGGGGAGACGAUGGGUGGGACUACAAUGCUUGGGCAUGGGAUAGCGCGGCCUACUGGGAUGCACAAGCCAGCAAGCAUGAGUUGGGCGAUCCAAGUGCACAAGAGCAAGCAAGCAAAAGCAAAGCAACCAAGUCACCCAAGACACUUCCAAAUACAAACGAUGAGAAAAAUGAACACAAGGAACCAAAGGCAGAGGAAAAAUCCAAAAGCAAGAAACGUGCUACAAAGGAGGUUGAGGCAAAGAAGGAGUCCGAGAGUAGAAAGCAAGCACGCACGAGCAAAUUCAAAGGUGGUGAUGCAGCUGAUGACAACAAGCCUAGAAAAAAACGGUUCAGGGCAGCAGCACCGGCUGAAGAUGGGUCAGCAUCAACGGCACAUGAGACAAGAAAGAGCAAGGCAGCAGCAGCCCCAGCAGAGCCCACAGGAGAAACCAGCACCAACACGGUGUGGUCUGAUGUGCUUCCUCACUCAGAGGAAAAAAGGUUGGAAGAGAUCGUUUCUUUCAUAGAUGGGUUCAAGGGCAUGAAGGAAGACCAUGCAUAUGUGUUGAUGAGGGGUCGACUGCAAGGAACCAAAGCAUGUCGGUUGAAUGUCUAUGGUAAGAGAGCCACUCCUGCUGUUGGACUCCAUUGUCGUAAAGAAAACAAAGACUUUGGUCAUUUCCAUCAGCAACUCCGAAUGCCCCAAGCACAUCCAGCUCGCAGCGGCAAGCAAAGCUGCAGAGAUGUUGGCACGAUUUGUGGAUGAAGUCAACACUCGCGAGGAGACAUCACCCGAUGAGAGUAUCACAGAGAACCAUGUCGUGCUUGAGAUGCAUGAGGAACUCAAGACCUUGGCUUUGAAUGCUGUAGAUGCUUUUUUGACUAAGUGAAAUUAAGUGAAAUUCCCAUUGUGUGCCUUCGUGCAAAAUCUGGGAGGCAUGUGCCACAUAGGUAUAAACCGUAUAGAUGCCUACACCUUAGAGCGUCCAACCGUGUGUUGGGGAGCAAGGUGACCAACAAACAUCUUGCAACUGCGGGGUCACACACGGACUUUUGGUGUGUGCACACGUGCGGUGUACAGGUGGCACUUCCCAACUCUGAG